AGGGGAGGGGGCGCUUCGCGUUCCGGUCCCCAUCGCCGGUGCCUGCCUGCCCGCCGCCACGGCGAAGGGCGUCCCGAGCGGGCGGCGGCCGGUGAGCGGUCCCACGCCGGAGCCCCGCGCAGCGGGCCCGUCAGAUUUUUAAAAACAUGGAUUUGACCAACCAUGGACUUAUUCUACUGCAGCAGUUAAACGCUCAGCGAGAGUUUGGUUUCCUGUGUGACUGCACGGUUGCAAUCGGCGAUGUGUACUUCAAGGCACACAAAUCAGUUCUUGCUUCAUUCUCCAAUUACUUUAAGAUGUUGUUUGUCCAUCAGACCAGUGAAUGUGUCCGUCUGAAGCCGACAGACAUUCAGCCUGACAUAUUCAGCUAUCUCCUCCACCUGAUGUACACUGGGAAGAUGGCUCCGCAGCUGAUCGAUCCUGUCCGCUUGGAGCAGGGGAUCAAGUUCCUGCACGCCUACCCCCUCAUCCAGGAAGCCAGCCUCGCCAGCCAAGGCACCUUUUCCCACCCUGACCAAGUCUUCCCGCUGGCCUCAUCAUUGUACGGUAUCCAAAUCGCAGACCACCAGUUGAGACAAGCCACCAAGAUGGCUUCAGGACCUGAAAAACUUGUGCGUGAGCCUAGGCCCCAGGCAUCCAGGAUGAGCCAGGAGCCGGUGCCCGAGACCUCCCAGCUGUCCCAGCUGACUGCGAAUCUGGCCCAGGUAAACCGGACAAAUAUGACCCCCGCGGACCCCCUGCAGACCUCGCUGUCCCCCGAACUUGUCUCCACGCCCGUCCCUCCCCCUCCUUCCGGGGAGGAGACCAACCUGGAGGCCUCGUCCUCCGAUGAGCAGCCUGCAUCCCUCACCAUAGCCCACGUGAAGCCCAGCAUCAUGAAGCGGAACGGAAGCUUCCCCAAGUACUACGCCUGCCACCUGUGCGGCCGGCGCUUCACGCUGCGGAGCAGCCUGCGCGAGCACCUGCAGAUCCACACCGGGGUCCCCUUCCCGGCCGGCCCACAGGGCGAGGGCCGCGGCCCCCUGUCGCUCUGCAGCAGCGCCGCGGACCUGGGCAAGGACACUCUGGAGGUGCCUGAGGCGGGGAUGAUCAGCGACAGCGAGCUGCAGCACAUCUCCGACUCCCCCAUCAUCGACGGGCAGCAGCAGUCGGAGACGCCGCCCCCCUCGGACAUUGCGGACAUCGACAACCUGGAGCAGGCCGACCAGGAGAGGGAGGUGAAGAGGCGGAAGUACGAGUGCACCAUCUGCGGCCGCAAAUUCAUCCAGAAAAGCCACUGGCGGGAGCACAUGUACAUCCACACCGGCAAGCCUUUCAAGUGCAGCACUUGUGACAAGAGCUUUUGCAGGGCCAACCAGGCCGCCCGCCACGUGUGCCUCAACCAGAGCAUCGACACAUACACCAUGGUGGACAAGCAGACUCUGGAGCUCUGCACCUUCGAGGAGGGCAGUCAGAUGGACAACAUGUUGGUGCAGACCAACAAGCCCUACAAAUGCAACCUGUGUGACAAGACAUUCUCCACUCCCAACGAGGUGGUCAAACACUCCUGCCAAAACCAGAACUCGGACGUUUUUGCCCUAGACGAGGGGCGGUCCAUUCUCCUGGGCAGUGGGGACUCCGAAGUAACAGAACCUGACCACCCAGUGUUAGCGUCCAUCAAAAAGGAACAGGAAACCGUUUUGUUAGACUGAAUGUUACUUGUCUUUUUAAAAACUGUCGUUUUUACAAAGUCCCUUCUCCUCUCCCCAGUUGGGAAACAGUAGUUCUCCAUGGCAUGAAACAAACAGCCUGCUCCCCUCUCUUCACGUUCUCCCAGCCCCACCUCUGUAAGGCUUUGUGCGUUAUAAACCUGGAAUAUAUUUACUUUAAUUCAGGGGAUAUUGGAAAGAUAAUGGUCAGUAGUACUUAUAAACAAAUAGGUUUUGAGAAGUUUUAGAUUAUUUUAAAGGCCUACUUGGAACUAAUUAAGAGUAUAUAAUAAGAACAACUAGAAUAAAAUUUGGUAAGCUAAAAUUAUGACUUUCCCUGGGUAAUAAGUCUUCCUUCUCAGAAAAACAAUGUCAGAAAAUACAGCAUGCUUCUUAGAGAUAAAGCUGGGCUCUGUACUAUGCAAAAAAAUCUAGAACGUAUGGAAGAACUUGAAACCCAAGAAAAUGUUUUUAAUAUUUGUCCUCUAGGUGUCUUAUUUCAGAAUAUAUCCUUUGAGAUUAUGUCCAGUUAAGAGAAAUCGCUAGUUAAGAAAUCGACUUUAACAGAAUGCAAAAGAGUAAUAAUGUGAUGGCAAUCUUCAUUUUAGGAUAAAACCUGACAAGCUAUGCGUCUGUGUGUUUAUGAGCGAACAUGUGUGGAUCCUUGCUACAAACAGGUGAAUUAAUGCACAUGCCUUAUCCAACUGCUGGCUUCUUUCCAUGGUGAACAAGAGGGUGCUAUAUUUUGGUUUCUGACAAACUUGCUUUAAGAUCAGAUUUGGACAUACUGUUCUAUAGAUUGUCGUUCUGAAUAGAAAAUGGCAUGCCAAUUCCCAGCAGUUGCCAUCAGUAAGCUUAUUUCAGUAACAACCAGCUGUUUAUCAUUGUGUGUCCACUGCAGGGAAAAGACUAUAGGAAUGUGUGUCUUACAGGGGAAGCUGUGAGCAGAAGGUGUAACUGUAAUGGCUAAAAGUCAAUGCUGCCAGGCAUGGUGGUGCCCACCUAUAACCCCAGCACGGGGAGGUGGAGGCAGGAGAAUUGGGAGUUUGAGGCCAGCCUGAGCUACAUAAAGAGACCCUGUUUUUCUGUAGUUCACUGGCAACAUUUAUUUAAGCAUCAAAAAUGACACAGAGAAAUCAGGACCAAAAAAUCAAAUUUCUUUUUGAGGGAAAAACAAACUUGAUUUUGAUGUGUAGUCUCCAAUUUUUUUUAACACCUAAAAUUUUCUCCACUGGCCUAAAAGCAUUAAAACUUGUCCAUUAAUCUUCCCUUGGGUCAAUAAGAAAAUGGUCUCACAGGAUGAAACAGGAGCCAGAAGUAAGGACUAAGGGGCAAGGGAGGGGGAAUAGUUCAUAGCUAUACCAUAUAUGUAUGUUAGAAACCGAAUAUCUCGUCAUCCUCUUAUGUAUAGUUGAGUUCUCAGAUUUGUAAGUUUUUAUACAUCCUUUCAUUGAAUAAACAUUGAAUUAAAUGGG